AUGAACCCCAUGAUGAUGGGAAUGAAUCCGAUGGCAAUGAUGAUGAUGGGUGCUGCCAUGAUGGGCCAAGUGAUGAUGGGCUCUGCGGACAGCAACUCUGAUAGCAUGAAGAUGUCCAAGGAGGAUGACGAAGACACGCAGUCUUUUGGCUCAUCUUUCAAUGUGAACCACCCGAAUUACCGACCUCCAGACAUGGAGCAAAUACCUGGCAUCACUGAUAAGCGCUUCGUUGGACGGAUUAAAUUCUGGUUCGAGAACAAGGGCUUUGGCUUCAUAGAGAGCGAGGAGUUCACCAAAGCCUUUCGUGGUGACUCAGAUGUUUUCCUACACCACUUUCAAAAGAGGCACUUCCAACGAGGGGAUUUGGUGGAGUUCAGCGUCUUUACGAACUUCAGAGGGAAACCUCAAGGUACAGAGCUGAGAAAGGUGAAGGGAUGA